AUUACGUCAUAUUUGUGCGCCGAACGCUGUCGCUAUGGAGGGGGUUUACUUCGUUUUUCUUUCAAAUACUGUAGCCUUAAAAUGGGAUUAGAACUCAAACGAACACUCGUGUCUAAUGAAUGCUAGAUAAGCUUUUGGUAGAAGGAUUUUCCAUCCGCAAUAGUUCAGCUCUAUCUGCGUGAAAUAGGGAAUGAACGACGAUACAGCAUCGGACAGCUGGAAGAGAAACUCCGGGUGCUCCAGUAUUGAGCAAAUGCUGGCUGUGAAUCCCGGAAAGACGCCCAUCAGUCUGCUGCAGGAGUAUGGAACGCGGAUAGGCAAAACCCCAGUGUAUGACCUGCUGAAGGCAGAGGGACAGGCCCACCAGCCCAACUUCACAUUCCGCGUCUCCGUGGGAGAGAUCAGCUGCACCGGCCAAGGGCCCAGCAAAAAGGCGGCUAAGCACAAGGCAGCUGAGGCUGCUCUGAAGAUGCUGAAAGGAAGCCUGGAAGGUCCCGCUGGUGUCGUUGUCGGAGUGGACGAGUUUGUUGGUGUGGAUGUGUUGGUUGAUGAAGACGGACCCCAGUCAGAGAUGAAAACUACAAACACUUCCCAGCAGUCUGAAUGUAAUCCUGUCGGGGCUCUUCAGGAGUUGGUGGUACAGAAAGGAUGGCGUUUGCCAGAGUACACAGUCACCCAGGAGUCUGGUCCAGCCCAUCGCAAAGAAUUUACGAUGACCUGCAGAGUUGAAAGAUUUGUCGAAAUUGGAAGUGGUACUUCUAAGAAAUUAGCCAAGAGGAAUGCAGCUGCUAAGAUGUUGUCACGAAUACACGACGUGCCAGUAGACCUCCGAAGCACCAAUGACGCCGACACGGAAGAGGACACGUUUAACAUGCACAUGGGCGGUAGAGUGGAGUCGGGCAAAGCGAAAGGCUUCAGCUGCACGUGGGACUCUCUGCGGAACUCGGCUGGAGAGAAGAUCCUCCAGCUUCGCAGCCACCCUCUGGGCAUGCCCUCUGACUCCAACUCCUGCGCUCUGCUGAGUGACCUGUCUGCAGAGCAGCGCUUUGAUGUCAGUUACCUAGACCUAGAGGAGCGCAGCCUCAGCGGCCUGUGUCAGUGUCUGGUCGAGCUGUCCACUCAGCCAAUCACGGUGUGCCACGGCUUUGCUACGAACACCGACGCCGCUCGGGCCAACGCAGCUCACAACGCACUUCAGUACCUCAAAAUCAUGGCAGGAGGGAAAUAAGGAAACUGUUGCCUUCCUCCUGACAGAUUCAAAAACUCGCCAAGUUAUCAUUAAUAAUAUUAUUAUUUUGUAAAGGGUCAAAUGAAUAAAUCCCAAAUUGAGACUUUUUUCCUACACGUCAAUCUCUGAACCCAGUUUUUAGUUUAUUUUAUUCUACGUCUGACACGUGCCACUGAAGAUUUAUCUGCCUAAAAUAAUCUCACGCUCAUCUUCUUCGUUGAUGACACCAGUUCUUUAGCUUCCCUUUCACCCACUGUGUUUUAUUAAAUACAGACUAUUUUAGAAAGUAUUCAGGUAAAACUAUAAAUGGAGAUUCUUCAUUAAGAAUCCUGGUUUACAGGGAGGAAGUAUAAAAAAAAAGUUUAUAUUCUUCCAAAUGUAAAAAGUAACAAACUGCUCAAUACGUGAAUUAUUUCAGAUGUUAGUGAAGGAGCCUACCCAAGUCCUGAUAAACUAUUUAAACCCAACAGUUCAACACUGCCACAUUUUAAUGUUUAGCCAUGCUAUCUUUUAUCUUUAAGCAAAUUAGGUGUGUAUUUUUGGAAACUCUUUGAGUUGUUGUCACGGUGUCAUAAGUAUCUGACCAACUCUGUUAUAGGCCGUUCGCUAAUCUGGUUCCGUUUUAAACAAAUGUUCCUUUCUGACUGACAGUGAGGUGUGACCAAGCCUCACUCUAUUCUAGUUAUUUAACGCAUCGACUUCCACAUCACAGACUCGCCAUAUAAAGCGACCACAUGUUCUAAUGUGAAAAUAUUUAUACCUCAAGACUAUUACCGUGCGUGUGUUGAAUGUGUAGCGUAGACUCCUUGUGUUCUCUGUCCUUGUGGAUUAGGUUCUUUUAAAUAAAAGAAACUUCAUUUUA